AGCUGCUAGGUUGCGCCUGCGCAAAGGAGGGGGGGGGAACGACUGUGGCUGUGCUUUGUGCCUGCGCAGUAGGCGGUGGCGAGCGGGGCCGCCGUAGGGCAAAAGCAUCUGUGUGGGAGGCAGGUUGGUGGGCGGCAACGGGUUCGAGGCUGAGGGCCGGGCCGGGCGGCGGUACCGCCGCCAUGUUGCGGCGACUGCUCGCGGCGCUUAUUCACCCUUGUUUUGUCCCCCGCAGCGGCGGCGACGGGAGCAGCAUGUUCUACGCGGUGCGCAGAGGCAGGAGGAUCGGAGUCUAUCAGACCUGGGAGGAGUGCCGAGAGCAGGUGAACAGGUACCCGGCCGCCAGUUUCAAGAAAUUCGCCAGCGAGGCAGAGGCUUUGUCCUUUGUGGGCAGCGAGGCGCGGCAAUCCUCACCCCAUUCAGCAGUUACCAGUGGCAUAUCUAGUUUAACGCAAAAGAGUGACAGUUACUGGAAUGAACUGGAAACAGCAAGCCCAAGUUACAGCACAUGCAAGAGACCAUAUGAGCAGUCUUCUGAGGAAGAACCUAACAAAAAACAUGUAAAAUACAAUGAGACAUACUCGGCACCUUCAGUGAGCAAAGAUAAAUUCUCAUAUAUGGGUGACUCUGUAGUUGUUUAUACAGAUGGCUGCUGCUCAAGUAAUGGGCGUCGUAAGGCACGUGCUGGAGUAGGAGUCUAUUGGGGACCAGGCCACCCUUUAAAUACUAGUGAUAGGCUUUCUGGACGGCAGACGAAUCAAAGAGCUGAAAUACAUGCAGCCUGCAAAGCAAUAGAGCAAGCAAAGAGUCAAAACAUCAAGAAACUGGUUAUUUACACAGAUAGCAAGUUCACUAUAAAUGGUAUAACAAGUUGGGUAGACAACUGGAAAAGUAACGGCUGGAGAACAAGCACAGGAAAAGAUGUAAUAAAUAAAGAAGACUUUGAAAGACUUGAUAAGCUUUCAGAGGGAAUGGAAAUUCAGUGGAUGCAUGUUCCUGGUCAUGCUGGCUUUACAGGAAAUGAAGUGGCUGAUAGACUUGCAAGAGAAGGAGCUGGAAAACAAAACUCCUAGCAUGCUAUCGAGACUAGAAAACUUUGUUCUUGCUAACUAAAGACUGUUUAAGCCAUAAGACAUACCUUCUUUCAGUGUGAAAACUUCCUGUUGGAAUGUUCAAAAUAAGUUUAAUUUAAACUUUUUGUUGUAACUAUCCUUAUCUUAUUUCUGGUUUAAAAAUUUUAAAUAUAUGCUGUCCUGUAUAAACACACCUACUUUUUUUUAAGAGUGUUCAGGUUAAUUGGUUAAUCGCUGCUUUGUUGGUAGAGGCUUACUGAACAUUCAGAUAUUGGUAAAAGUAAGGUGUUUUUUAGUUCCAUUUGCCACAGUACCUGAUAAGAAUUUUUUUAGAUGUUCCAUAACUGAGAUGAAAACUUUAGGUUUUGCAAAGUA